UCUCCCACGCCUUCCCCAGACCCGAGGAUUGCUCUUUGGAAGGACGAAAGGCGUUCAUUUGCGGGAUUCAUAACGAUUAACCAAGACAAGGCAACAGCUGCCCGUACAGCGCAUAUGGCAUCCCAGACCUCCUUGUUCAUCAGUGGCGUGCCGCAGUUGAAAUUCUUUGGGGACGGAUCAAUUAAGAACGGAAGCUCGAGUUCAAGGCCGGAACACGGUUGGACUACUGGAGGUUAUAGGGUUGCCUUCAGAAACCCAUUCGAGGACACCGUUCAGUUUGUCUCUCGAGAUGAAAACCCUAUUCGAUUCCUUGAGCAUCCGAGUGUCAAUGCAUACCAGCAGGGUAUUGACAACGACUAUGUACUCGAGGAGGAAGGGGAAAUCUACGACGGCCCUUCUCGACUUGUGGACUUCACUAUUCUUUGCUUUGGGGUCAAAAAGGCAUUUUCCAUUCCCCAGGUCGAACUUGCUGCAGUUUCCCAGUGUCUUGAGACAGCCAUUCGGUUGUAUGACGAACAUCACCCACCGACGUCGGUUGUGACCAUUUUCUCGGAUUCAACAUGCGUUAUAAAUAGGAUCAAGCGAGGCGUUCUUGCUUGUCGAAGAGGUACCAAGUUAACACUCUGGAACAAGUUUUUCAACCCCCUAGUCCAAACUAUAAUUUGGCAAUCGCACUACCUUCGGGACCGUGGAUGCGAGCUGGAGCUUGCUUGGAAUCCUCGCUGCAGUGCCCUCGGUCCAUCUAUCGCCGAUGCUGCAGCCACCUCAUGGAAAGAGUGGGGGGAACCGGAGGAGACCAAAUGGUCGCAGGGCAAUCUUUCACUAGAUGUCAGGGAUGGAAUUAUGGAUAAGCUGAACGAAACCACCAACGAA